CUCUUUCUCCACAAAACAAAAGUGAUAACGGUUCCAAGUGUUUCAAUACCUUCAUUUGACAUUGCUAAGUUCUGGUUAAUAUUACCACUGUUUUAAAAAUAAUAAUUAAAAUGACAGUUGGUUCAUCUAAAACGAUUCCUGCAUUUUAUGCAGGACAAAGUAUAUUUUUAACGGGUGGAACAGGAUUUCUGGGAAAAAUAUUAAUUGAAAAAAUAUUACGAUCUUGUCCAGAUGUUCGUGAAAUAUUUGUAUUGAUACGUUCCAAAAAAGGAUUAACUAUUAAUGAAAGAUUCGAGAAAUUAUUAAAUUUACCGAUAUAUGACAAAUUGCGCAAAGAGCAUUUUUCGAGUUUUGAGAAAAUAAUUCCAAUUUCUGGCGAUGCCAGUGAGAAAGAAUUAGGUUUAUCGGUUGCGGACAGACAAAUGCUGGUUGAAAGAGUAACUAUAAUAAUUCAUGCAGCGGCGAGUGUGCAAUUUAAUAAUAGUUUAAAAUAUGCUAUAUGUACUAAUACCAGAGCAACAAGAGACAUCUGUAUUUUAGCUCAAAGUGUGAAGAAUUUAAAAGCAUUAGUAUACAUUAGUACAGCAUUUGCACAUUUCAAUAAAGCAUUCAUAGAAGAAAAAGUGUACCCACCAAUAGCUGAUUGGCGGAAGAUGAUCGAAAUGGCCGAGACGUUGGACGAGCAUACUUUGAACGUUUUUAUGGCUAAAUGUUUAUAUUAUGCUCCCAACACAUAUAUUUUUUCGAAGAAUCUAGCGGAGAGUAUAAUACAGGAAUAUUCUUCCUCCUUGUCUUGUGCGAUCAUUGUGAGACCAUCUAUUGUGGGGCCAUCGCUAGACGAGCCUAUUCCAGGAUGGAUAGAUAACGUUUAUGGUCCAAUGGGGCUUUUCAUUGUUGGUGGAAAAGGAAUAUUACGAGUAGCCUACCUAAAUAAAACUGUUGAUGAAGAUGUGAUACCAGUAGAUGUUGUCAUCAAAGCUACACUAGUCGUUAUUUGGAAGCUGAUCACCUCUACAGUAGGUUCCUCAUCUUUUGUUUUGAAUUGUACAAGUCAACAAUGCAAUACGUUUGGACAAGAUAUACAGAUGUUAUUCGAUAUUACAAAGAAAGAGAUACCUUUGGAAGGAGUUAUUUGGACACCUCAUACAAUAUUGAUUGAUAAUUUUGUACAAUUCUAUACAUUAACAAUAUUAUUGCAUAUUCUGCCAGCUAUAUUAAUAGAUCUGGUUUUAAAAUUUUCUGGGCGUCGACCUAUGUUAUUACAACUGUUAAGAAGAAUAUAUGUGGCCAAUUGUGCUGUGAGUUAUUUUUCGUUCCAUAAUUGGAAAUUCAGCAAUGUAAAUGGAUUGUCUCUAAUGUCUUUAAUACCACCUGAAAACCGGGAGGAAUUUACUCCUCAAUUUUACGGUUACAAUCGCAUAAAUUAUAUUAAAAAUAGUAUCAUAGGUGUAAAAAAGUUUCUUCUUCACGAAGAUGUAAAUUUUCUUCAAUUGGAUGCAGUUAAAGCACGUAAUAAAAGAGUGUUCCUACUUGUUAGAGUGAUAAAAACUAUCCUCUCUAUCGGUGUACUUUGGAUUAUAUAUAGAUGGAUCUACUUUUAUACAUUAUAA